CCUGCACUCCCACGGUUAAGCACCAUGUCGGAGGACCAGCCCAGAAAGACAUCGCUGUGUCUCUACUUCGUCGACGAUGUGGAUCAGCCAGGCAGCUGCGGUGACUGUAAACGCCCGAAGGAGGCGCAUGCAUGUAGCACUCGUACCACAGCCUACCACUCCGCCGUCCCCUUCAGUCCAUUCACCACCCGCAAGCGCACUACUGAACUCGCAAGCAACCCUCAUAUGCGCGAGAUUCAACCUGCAGAUAGUACGGGAAGAGCUUCACCUGGGGCGGAUAGUGCCAGUGGAGACGAGUUUCUGCCGUCGAUAGAAUCGGACGCGUUUAUGUCGACCAGACAGGCUGCUUCGUUGCGAACGAAGUUCAUCACGGAGAUGUGUGAUGUAACCCGCAGGCGUCCACACCUACCAUCUCUCAGUACAAUUGGCAAGGGCGAUAGUAGUGAAGAUCAGAACUCAGAAUUAGGUACUGAGGGGGGAAAUGGUAGGGCAAACUCGGGCUCGGAAUUGGGCCUAAAUUCGGAAGUAGACCCGGAGUCGCGUGUGAGUGGGAAGGGCAGUCAGGAGGACCUUAGUGCGGAGAUAACUAUCAACGGAUGCAUUGAGGAGGUGCUGCUGCGAUUUCAGGCCAUGCUGCACUGGGAGGGGGAGGUGAUGCCACGUGCUAUGUGUAACUCGUCGGUGUAUAGUGGGGUGUAUUUGGGUUCUCGAGUGUUGGUGGCGUAUCCUGGGGUGUAA